GUACAGAGUAUAAAAAUCUGAUGUGAUUGCUGCAAAUUUAAUCAAUCUUGUGAACCUGGCGAGCAACGCCGGUGCCCUACCUCGUCUAUGCCGGCAUCCGAAGACUAUCUGAUGACAAAACUUGCAUUACCUGUGCCUCGCGCUAGAUAAAGCCGCUGGAGGGGGCGCAGCUUCGCAAUAGCGAGCUCGCGCUGCGAACUCGACCGCGCGUGGAAAUCAAAUGAAAUGGUAGCGUUUCAGCUGCCUGCUGGUCUUUCACAGGAUACUGGCACCGGUGCACCUGAUUAUAUAGCAGCUCCAGGAAAUAUGGAAGAUGCCUUUGACGGACGUCGGGUGCAGCAACGGGUGCCCAAACCAGCGAGGCAGCGCUGCGCAUCGGCCCCCGCGAGGCGUGCACCCAGCGCAAGACCCCAGCCCGUUCAUCCCAGUCCUCUGGCAGUGAAGGGCAGAGCUCUGCAGCACAACAUCUGUGGCGAGGCGACGGGGUUUGGGGCAGGACCGGCGCGGGCGAUUCCCAUUCCGCCGCGACAAUCGUCGCCGGGGGCCUGCGGUCCCGCUGCGCGGCCCAAGCGGCGGACAGAGGGCAGUAACAUCACAGCGGCAGAUACUCUGUAUCACCCGGCGCUGCCUCGAAUUCGGACGCAUGCAGAUGACGGCGCGGCUGGCAAGCGGCACCUGCCGGGCUCGCGGGAUGAGCUGCGUGCACUGUUCCGCGCCUACAACCUGCCUGUACCGCGCGCUCUGCCCCCGCCUUCCCACCGGACCAGCGCAGCAGGAGGACACGCAUCCUCGCGGCCGGUGAGUGGGCUGGCUGCCAAGGGCGCACAGCAGGCUCGGCCCCAUCCCGCAGCUCACCCCUACCACCAGCGCCUGCGCGGCCUGCUGGAUGCCAGCAGCCACGCCAUGCACGGCGCUGUGCCCGUGCCCGGCCGCCGGGUGUCGCUUGUUAACGAGCAGCUCCGUGGACCUUCCGCCCAGCAGCGCGCAUCCAAGCAGCAGGCAGCAUCGCGUGGAGCUCCGGUCGUGGCGGCGGUGGCGGUGCCGAAGUUGGGGAGGCACUCGGACGCCGGUGCAGAACCGCUGCCGAUGGUGCUAGGCCGGCCGCUUGAGGUCAACCAGGGGUAUCAAGCGGUGCUGCCAGGGGGUGGAGGGCAGCCGGGCAAUCGGGCACGGCAGGACAAGGUAUUGGUGUCAGAACACCAGUCGCAGCCCGCGGAGGGUGCCGGGGAUGAGCACGAGCAGUGGGACUGGGUGUACCGGGGCCCGCCGACACCCGAGUCGCCGUACGGCUCUGAUAUCCUACGCGCGAUGCUGGACGUCGUCAGCCCGCGGUUCGAGGUGCGCCGGCCCGAAGGCUACAUCCCCAUCACUCCCAGCUCCAUCGCCUCCAGCCGCUACGUGCGGUCGGAUGUGUGGUCCUGGUCCUGCCCCGGCAGCCCCGCAGUGGGCUUCCGGCCGGCGCCCGACGGCUGCGCGGAUGCGGGCGCGGCUGCAGCUGGCGGCGGGGGCGGCGGCGGCGCCAGCAGCCUAGGACGGUCGCCUUUCGCCGCCGCGCGGCCCAACCCUGCCCGGCCAAUGCCACGACAGAGCUCACCGGAACCGCUGCACCGGAAGCUGCUGCUGCGCGCUGCCGCUGCUGCGGCUACAGCUGGGGGUGCGCCGCCGCUCAGCCGGCAAGGGUCCCGGCAGAGCUCUGCCUUGUCAGCCGCACUGCAGGUGGCGGAAGCACAUGACCACGGGCACGGCAUGGCACCCCCCGGCGGCGGCGACUGGAACCCAUCUUUGCGGCUGCGAGCUGAGCACCAGCACGGCCACCUCAUGCCGCACUUGGUGGCAGCAGGGCGCGCUUCCCACGACAGCCGUGACCCGGCACAUGUGGAAGCGCCGUCACGCAGCACACCGGAAUCGCACGAGCACUCGGCACAACAGCAACACCUGCAGCAGCAGCAGCAGCCUGUUGACUACAGCUCUGGUCCCACGCCGCCGCCUGGCAAGUCGCGAUUUUACCAGCAGCAGCAACACCACCAGCCGCAUGAGCACGCGCUACCGCAGAUAACCCCUCGCCAACAGGUCGGCACGGCGGCAGUGCUGCGGCGCGUCAGUGAAAGCGGCCUGCCUGCCGCUACGUAUGACUGGCAGCCAAGCGUGAGCACGCUCAGCAACCAUAACGGCGCUGCGACUCCUACCCGGGACUUGUGCACGCCCCGGGCGGCCCUGCAGCUAUCGCACCUACCGCAGCGGGGCAGCUCUGCUGGUCGGUUUUCGCGGGCUGCGGCCAUGGCCUCGCCGGUGCAGGGCGUGCAGGCAGAUGGCAGCCGCGGCGGUCAGCUGGCGUUUGUAAUGCCGUCGCCGGCUGGCCCGGGCUUGCGCCCUCGCGGCACACCUGGCAGGUGCGUGGACCUUCUAUGGGAGCCGCCGCCCAUCCAGCCUUCCAGGGCGCUAGACCGGCACCGCUCGGGCAGCCGCACGCCCAGCCCAGAGCGCACCAUUCGUGGAGAGUCUGGACCGCGUAUGCACAAUCUGGCGGAGGCUGCUGCUGCGAGGUUGCGGCAGGCAGCUGCUGUGUCUGGGUCACGACGGACGAGCAGCAGCCCCAGCCCCCUGCCGUCCGUACGUCGGACUGGCAGCCAUGCUGGCGAAGCGCCCUCCGCCGAGGGUGGGGCGGCACGAGUGGCACAACCACAACAGCCAUACCGCAGCAGCAGUCCGAGCCCUGUCGCUGUGUCUGCUCGCCGGGUACUGUACCGGCCCGAUGGCCCUUCACUGUCCGUUGGCCCUGCUGCAAGGUCAACCUCGGCCUACAUGCGCGGCAGAUCAGCGCAAGAGGACACGGCAGCGGUCAGCCUACUGGAAAGCCAGUUUGCCGUGCGCCCGCGCUCCUCGCCAGCUGCCAGAGCCGCGGCGGCAGCCCUGGCCCGAGCACAGCAUGCCAUGGCGGAUAGUGGCGGCACGAGUUCAGCUGCCGCAACGGGGGUUGCGCCGCUGCGGCUCGGCGGCAUGCAUGGCGCCGACACUGUUGCCUCCGACUCGGCAUUCCCAACCCUGCUUCUGCCGUCUCCGCUCCGGCACCAUGGCAGCAGUGACAUGGUGAACACUCACACACGCCAGGCAGGCACGGGCGGCAGCGCUUUCAGCUUCCAUAUGAGCGCAGCUGCAACAGGCGCGGCUGACACGUCAGCAUACAGCUGGCCAGGCGCUCCAACGCCAGCGCUGUGCAAGGGCCCCGUCAGCCGGCAAAGCAGCCAGGGCCGUAGGAAGUGGGCUUUGCCGGCCAACAGUGCACCGAGUUCGCCGCGAGUUCAGCUGUUUCCCGUGCCAGAUGACGACGGCAGUAAUACAAGUGGUGCUUCCAAAGCAGCCUCCAGCCCGUUGUGUGCGCGUGGUGGAGAUGGUGCCCGCACUCCGGGCAGCCACCGCAAGCGCUACGUCAGCCUACGACGGGCGGGACUGGCGCGGAGAAAUUCAGUGGCCGCUGCCGCCGGAUCGGUGGCUUGUAUGCAGACAGCCCAGAGUCAUACUGCCUGCAGCUCGCCCUUCACCACGCCACGUGAGCUGUCCUCGGAUGCAGCGGCGCCAGGCAGCGGGAGUGACUGUGGCGGCGCGCCUUCAACUGGUGCGAUGGUGGGCAGCAGCGUAGACAGCUGGGGAACAUGCCUGGCUGCAGCGCUGCCUGCCACGGGGCAGCCGCAGGCCGGGGGUGGCACGCCGCUGUCAACGGGGGCGGAUAAUGUCUCACCCGAGCUGCAGCAAAAGCAGCCGCAGCUAGGGGACGUGACACGGACCAGGGCCCCGAUGCCAAGCAGAUUCGGCCCCUUGAGCCCCGCAGCAGCCCUCGCUCAGCGCUCGCGGUACUCCUCACCGGCGGUGCGGCCAGGCCUGCGCGGCUCCUCCCCAGCGGCAGUGUCCCCAUUCAUGGGCCCUGGCUCAGUCGGCGACAUGACUCCUCCCAUGAGCCCGCUGCGGCAACCACAGCCAAGCCCGCUCACGGCCGGUGUCUCGGCAGCUGCGGAUGGCGUCCGGAGGAACCUUCUGUCGUCGUUCUGGUCUGCAAGCGCAUGCCGCCCAGCCACGUCUCCUGUCGCUGGCGCGCCCAGCGCUUCUGAUGUCACACCGCGCUGCCCGGCGCCCCGUCCGGCUUCCUUGGGCCAGCGGCGGGCCUCAGGCCUGUGCCCAACACCUCCGCAGCAGAUGCAGCGGUGUCUGUCCGCGCAGCAGGCACGCCGCCGGCAGUGUGAUUGGCCCAGCCCGGCCCAGUCCCAGGACCUGCAGUCCCGGCCGCUGGCGCCACUGCCACCGCUGGCGCCAUCAGUGCCACCCACCACAAGGGCUGCGUCUCCCAGCCGGCAGGCCAAGCAUGGCGACACACGCUGUGACCAGGACGUUGAGCGGCGGGUGGCAGCAGGUCCGCCACCAGCUGGGCGUUUCGCACCGCAGCCGCCACUGGCACCCCGCGACAGCCUGGCGCCCAGACGGCCGUCAACCUCCGGCUCCAUCCGCAGCUCCAAGGAAAGCGUGGGAUCAGCGCGCGGUGCCUCUGCGGCGCUGGCCACCAGCACGGAUGACGACGUCGCCGCUGGGCACGUGGACGCACGCGCCGUGCACACGCCCAACGGCCCGUCUGCAGCUCCAUACCCUAACCAGCGGCUGGUACAGCCCGCGCACCCGCAGCGCAGCAUCCUGGACUCGCCGGACCUGGGUCCUAAGAAGGCGCGCCCCUCAGUGGAUGGGACGUACUUGACACCAGCAGGAGUCAGCAGUCGCCCAGCUUCGGCGGCCAGCCGCUGUUCAAGUGCAGGAGCCAGCGACAGCAGCCGGAGCCGGCACUGGAGCUACCGGCGCGCGCGUGAGCGCGCCGUGUUCCUCAACGGCGUCUUUGCUGUGGCAGCGAGCUCAGCGACUGUUGAAGAACGAGUGUUGCAGGCGGGUGUGCCUGGGUGUUGAUACAGCUGAUCCUCAGUCCGCUUCCUGUAAUAGUGAUGUCAGAAAAGGAAUGGUUAGUGCAUGUGCUUGAGUGCUGUGCCGCAGUGAAGUGAUAGCAACUGAAUAUACUAUGCGUGUGUUUGCUUGUGUAUGCUGAUAUUCUCAGUGUCUAAAUGAAGCUGUCGACACAGGAAGGCAUGAAUGAGGCUUGCUGAUGAUGGGCCAUACCCAUCUUUGCUUGUGUAUGCUGAUAUCCCAGUAAAUGAAGCUGUGGGCACUGCAGCCGUUGCUGCCAACUGCACGCUGCACAAGGUUCGCUCUAAAGGCAUCCCAGGCGGCUUUGACGUCUGACAAAUGGUAGCAAGUGAGACGAAUUGCUCAACGAAAUUGAAUCUGGACCUGCGCAAAUGACGGAGUCACAUACGAGUACCGUACUGACACAGUGGACCCGCACCCCUUUUUUUUUAGGAAUCAUCCUUACAGGAUUGAACGGAAGCAGACGCGCUGCGCUUGUAAUGGAAGGUUCAU